GUCCUGGCCCAGCCCCAGCCCUGGUGGAAGAUCCAGCUGUUCAUGUGGGAGCCAGUGCUGUUUGGGACCUGGGAUGGUGUGUUCACGUCCUGCAUGAUCAACAUUUUUGGGGUUGUCCUGUUCUUGAGGACCGGCUGGCUGGUGGGAAACACGGGUGUGCUCAUGGGCAUGCUUCUGGUGUCCUUUGUCAUCCUCGUGGCCCUUGUUACUGUGCUGUCUGGCAUCGGCGUUGGGGAGCAGGUUGGCAUGGGCAGUGGCGGCGUCUACUCCAUGAUCUCCUCCGUCCUCGGCGGGCAGAUGGGAGGCACCAUCGGGCUGCUCUAUGUGUUUGGACAGUGUGUUGCAGGUGCCAUGUACAUCACUGGCUUUGCUGAGUCCAUCUCGGAUUUGCUGGGCCUCCGGAACAUCUGGGCUGUGCGAGGAAUUUCAGUUGCCGUGCUUCUGGCCUUGCUGGGGAUCAACCUAGCGGGCGUCAAAUGGAUCAUUCGAUUCCAGCUGCUGCUGCUGUUCCUGCUGGCCGUGUCUACGCUGGACUUUGUGGUGGGCUCUUUCACCCACCUGGACCCAGAGCAUGGUUUUGUUGGAUACUCACCAGAACUACUACAGAACAACACUCUGCCAGAUUACAGUCCCGGGGAGACCUUUUUCACUGUGUUUGGGGUGUUCUUCCCAGCAGCUACAGGAGUCAUGGCCGGCUUCAACAUGGGAGGCGACCUCAGGGAUCCGGCUGCCAGUGUCCCCCUGGGCUCCCUAGCAGCUGUUGGCAUCUCGUGGUUUCUGUACAUCGUCUUCACCUUCCUGCUGGGCGCCAUCUGCACCCGAGAGGCCCUUCGCUAUAACUUCCUGAUAGCUGAAAAGGUGUCCCUAGUGGGCUUCCUAUUCCUUCUGGGCUUAUACAUCUCGUCCCUGGCCUCCUGUAUGGGAGGACUCUAUGGAGCUCCCCGGAUCCUGCAGUGCAUUGCCCAGGAGAAAGUGAUUCCUGCACUCGCCUGUCUGGGACAAGGGAAAGGGCCAAAUAGGACACCUAUAGCAGCCAUCUGCCUGACCAGCUUGGUGACCAUGGCUUUUGUCCUUGUGGGUCAGGUAAAUGUUCUGGCACCCAUCGUCACCAUCAACUUCAUGCUGACGUACAUUGCAGUGGACUACUCUUACUUCUCCCUGUCUAUGGGUCUCUGCAGCCUUCCUCAGGUGCCUGAGCCUGUGCUUAGGGAGACCUCAGAAGCUCUCCCCUGUUCUGAGCACCUGCUCUUAGAGAAGGCUCCCAGCUAUGGCUCUGAGGGCUCUGCCCAAAGCCUCUUUGAGGGCACUCUACUACAAUUCACCAAGGACAUGGAUCAGCUCCUCCAGCUAACCAGGAGGCAGGAGAGUAGCCAUCCCAGGCCCGGAGACAGUGACAGGAUCCCAGAGAGUCAGAAGAGGAAAUGCAAGAAGGUCAUCAAGAAGAACCUACAAGAUAGCUUCCUCCUGAACCUCAAGUCCCCUACUUCCUUCCCUACUGAGGGCUCUGAUGGGUUGCCUGCUGUGUCUGGGGAGUACCAAGAGUUCUACCAGAACAAGCUGACUUCCAGGAGUGAAGGGAUUCUGCCUGGGGAAACACAUGGGCAACAAUUUGUCCCUGAGCCAAGCAACCAGCCUAGGGUGAGUGGAGAAGACUUCUCCCUGAAGCCCAGACUUCAGGAACAAGAAAUCCAGAGGAGACCAACUACUUUCUACACCCGCAUGUGCAACCCCUGGGUCUCCCUGCUAGGGGCAAUUGGGUCCCUUCUCAUCGUGUUUGUGAUCCAGUGGGUCUAUACCCUGGCUAACGUUGGUGUGGCUGCCAUCGUGUACCUCUACAUCGGCCACGCCAGUCCAGGGCUUCACCUUGGAUUAGCCUCCAACUUCAGUUUUUUCCGAUGGAUACGAUCUCUUCUGAUGCCCUCCUACAGGAGCUUGCGGUCCCAGGAGCAGAUCAUUUUGGCACCGUCCCUGGCUAGGGUUGACAUGGAGAUGACUCAGCUCACCCAGGAGAACACAGACUUUGCCACUCGAGAUCGCUACCACCACUCCUCCCUCAUGAGUCAGGAACAGCUGAUGCCUCUGUACUAGGAGCCGCGCUGGGACCCUUCCUCUCCUAGAGCUUCGCUGGGCUCAGUGGACCCAAAGAGAAACUCAUGGAGCUGCUUCUUCCUGAUAGGAGACCCAAGGCCUGCCUGACCUCCCGCUGCUACUUUGGAUUGCUUUCUGGUCUGGAGUACCAGCCUAACCCACAGGAACAGUAGGAAUGGCAGUGCCCUCCACUGUGUGGCACCCAACCUGGGGAGCUCUACUGGGACACCAGGACUUUCAGGUGAUAGCAAGAUGAGCAAGUGUGGAGAGCAAAAUGAGAUUGCUUGUUCCCAGGGCCACA